GCGGACUCCUUCUUCGCCGCCCUGACUCCGGCCGAGCGGGCCCGCGUGGCGGCGUGCGAGCUCAUGUUCCCGGGCGAGCUGUGCGACGCGAACCAGGAGCCGCAGUCCCGCGCCCUGAAGUCCAAGGAUGGCGUCGCGGGCCCCGUGAUCCGCUCGAACGGGCUCAUCUGCAGCCAGCGGAUGGGUCGCUGGCUCACGACGGUCGAGCUGCAGCAGCUCUUCGGCUUCCCCAUGGACGCCGAGCAGGCAGUCUUGGCGGGCGCCAUCGGCCCUUUCACGCAGGGCGUCGGCAUGGGCGCGUUUGCCCCGAGACUGCGCACCUACAGGUCCCAGCGCAACCAGCUCGGCAACGGCAUGAACGUGUGCUCCAUCGGCAGCAGCAUCUACAUGUCCAUCGUCGCCAUGCCCGCGCUCGGCGUCCGGCCCUCGAUGUAUCGCCCGCUUCGCUUCCUUGGCGCAGGCUUCGGCGACGCGGGCGCAGCGCCGGGCACGCCGCCGAGCCCCUUGCGCCAGGCAGUGAUGCACGCGCGGCUCAUGGCGCAGGCGGCGGGGCGGAGUGGCGUCGACGCUGCCGUCGCGAUCCCGGGCCAGGUCGACAGGGCGAGCAACGUGCUGGCGCCUUGGCGCCCAGAGGCGGCCUUGCGCCCGGGGGCGGCCGCGGCGGCGGAGACCGACCAGGGCGGCAACAGCGGCGAGGCGCCGCCUGCGAGCCCGGUCGCCGCGGUCGCCGAGAGCCCGCCUACGUCGGCCCGUUCGGCGGACUCGUGCAAGACCCCGGACGCGGAGUCGUCGAGCCCGACGCUGACCUUGCGCCGCGGUGGCGGCGGCGCGAGCCGCUCAGAGCCGGACCCAGAGCCCGCGGGGCCAUCGGCCGCCGCCGCGCCGUGCACGCCGCCAGCGCACAAGAAGGUCAAGCACUCGCCGGAGCCGAGGAAGACCGACGACGCCGACAUGGACGACAGCCGCAAGAAGCAGCUGUUCCAGGGGGUGUUCGGCAACUCCUCCCACAGCAGCGCCAGCGGCGCCAGCCCUGGCCAGGGCUCCGC